UGCUAACUCCGCAUCAGAACUAUCUGGAGACUUCACAAAGUCACAACCGCUGUACUCCGCCAUGUCUUGCCAUUGGAAAAGUGGAUCUAUCCGGUCAUCCGUAUGCAGCAGCGCCGGAAGCAGCAGAGUGAGUAGCCUGACGGCGGACUGGGUGAAAGGAUCUGAACAUCAUGGAGCCGGGAGCUUCAGCUCCAACGAUGGCCUCCUGCAAGGCGGCGAAAAGGAAACCAUGCAGAACCUCAAUAUCCGACUGGCCUCGUACCUGGACAAAGUCCAUGCGCUGGAAGAAGCCAACGCUGGCCUUGAGUCAAAGAUCAAGGAGUGGUAUAUUAAACACCAGCAACAGAACCUGCCGGCGGAUUACAGCCAGUAUUUCCGUAUCAUCGAGGAACUCAAAUGCCGGAUCUUAGCUGAAAGCACGGAAAACGCCAGAGUCAUUCUGCAGAUCGACAAUGCCAAGCUGGCUGCGGAGGACUUCAGACUGAAGUAUGAGAACGAGUUGUGCCUUCACCAGAAUGUUGAAUCGGACAUUGCCGGCCUGCGCCGAGUGCUGGAUGAACUGACCUUCGCUAAAUCCAAUCUGGUGCCACAGCUUGAAAGCCUGAAGGAAGAGCUGGAUUGUCUCAAGAGGAACCACGAAGAGGAAAUGAAGGCCCUUAAAGGACAAAAGGGCGAUAUUAACGUGGAAAUGAAUGCGGCUCCCGGCGUCGAUCUCGGCAAACUUCUGAACGACAUGCGAGCUCAGUAUGAAGAAAUUGCAGAGCAGAACAGACAGAAGGCUGAGGACUGGUUCAAUGAAAAGAGUGCAGAACUCAACCGAGAGAUUUCCCACAGCAGUGAAAUGGUGGAGUGCCACAAGACACAGCUGACCGAACUCAGACGUACCCUUCAAGAACUGGAAAUUGAGCUUCAGGCCCAGCUUGCAAUGAAAAAGUCUUUGGAGUGCUCGCUGGCAGAGACAGAGUGCUGUUACAGCAUUCAGCUCACACAAUUACAGGGCAUUGUGGGAAAUGUCGAAGAACAGCUUGGCCAGGUCCGUGCCGACCUGGAACGUCAGAACGGAGAGUACAAAAUUCUCCUAGACAUUAAGACACGCCUGGAAAUGGAGAUCGAGACAUACCGUAGACUGCUUGACGGAGAGUCAUGGCAGCACAAAGAAGUGCCCGUUCCAGCAAAAGAGCACAACAAGACCAGAAAAGUCACAACAAUCGUGGAGGAAGUGGUAAAUGGCAAAAUCGUGUCACAGAAAGUGAACGCCACCGAGGAGAAGCUGAAAAUGUAGGCCUCGUGCUUCAUAUAAACGGCCGUAACGUCGACCUGUACCUUUCAUGAUGCCAUGAGCUGUGUUUUUGUGAUGGGGUUGCUUAGUAUAACAGGGACUGGGUGAACCUAUAUGUUUUCUUUCUCAAAUAAACCUUAUCAAGCAAUAA